CGCAUUGUGGGUGGAAAAGAAGCAAAACCACACAGUUGGCCAUGGCAAGUGAAUCUGGCAGGCUGCGGUGGUUCACUGAUUCAUCCUUAUUGGGUUUUAACAGCAGCACAUUGCCCUGACCGGGGAAGUGUCAGGUUUGUUGAACUUUAUCUUUUUUUUUUCAGUAUGUAAACCCACAACCCCGAAUAAAAACCAUUCACGUGACUCCGGUCAAAUAAGACAUGGUCUACAGACCAAAGACAAAGAAAUAGAAAUAAUACACGAUCUAAGACUCUAGUAGGACCAAGUCUACUGACUUGAUUUGAAAAAAGGAAUAGGUAUAAAAUAAGGAAUUCGGACUGUGUUUGAAAAAAAUGGAGUAGAUGGAUUAGGGAGGUAAGAUAAACCGAUUGCAGACUAGUAUAAAAAGGUGCUUUAAGGUAUUUAUUUACAGCAUUUUCAUUGUAAGUGUCUCUUGGAUGGAACCCAAUAGAACUGGCUUAAUGUAAUAGAAUAGGCCAGUUUCACCAAAGUUUCAGACCAAAAUUCAUACUUGGCUCCAAGGCUGAGGCUAAUAUAACAAUAGAAAUACUGAGUCAAAAUGCGUUGUAGUAACGUAGUAAGUGUAAGGUGUAAGGUGUUUCCUCAUUGGUCGCAGAAAACAAUAACACAUCAUUGUUUAUCAUCAUUUCCCAUUAUUAGGGUUAGGGUUUGGAACCAAUUGGCUCUUAGGGGUUGGGAGAGCUCCUUGUAAUGUAACAUGACCCAACUAAAGAGAAGACGUAAGGGAUUUCUUUCUCCAGGGACAAAGCAAACUGUCCGUAAUAAUGAAGUGUCCGUAUUAAGAGGGUGUCAGUAAAGCGGGGAUUGUCUGUAAAGUCGGGGUCUGAAUCUCACUGCGAUUUUGUGUUUUUUAUACUCCUCAGCCUAAGGGCCAAGUCAAAAUUCGAAACUGGCCUAUUAAAAGCUUAGAUUGCAAGCCGUGGAUUACAUACUGUAUAAGAGGAGAACUACUGACUGCUUCUUUUUCCCGCUUUAUAAUCUUUUAUGAAAAUUAUAAACCAGGGAAAAUAAACAGUCAGUAGGUUUUUUUAUACCGAGUUCUGAUUUGGUACCCCUACUUUAGUAAAAUAAAAGUCAUUCGCAUCGAUAAAACAUGCUUUUAAUUAAACCAGAUUUAACAGAUUGAAAAUCAGACAGAAGACUCUAUGACUUGCGUUUACAAAGAGAUCAGUUAGGAAAGUAUCCCAUGAGGUUUACGUAUCAGCAUGUUUAAAAGCACAUGUAGUGUAAUUGUUCGUCUGUGCGUGAGUGGUAGGCGCUGAAAGGGAAUGGGGAACUGUGGGGGAGUCGGGUGCGCUAAAAUUUUUCCUUUUCCCUCUCCCCUUCGAACGCCUGCCACGCACGCUUAUUGUAUCUGCACAUAGAGGACUGUUUAACGCCUUACCUUUAUAUGUCGUCCUUACGUCCUGGCUCGAUUGUCGAUUAAGAAUCAGCCAGAGCACUCUGACUGGGAACGUGGACCACAUUGCUAUCCCAGAAUCCUUGGCAAGCGCGUGAGAAACGUGCACCACAUUUCCCAAAUUUUUAAAAAGAGGUUCUUUUUAAAAACUAUUUUGAAGCAAAUACGCGAUGGGAGCGGCAUUAAUGGUCCACAAUCAGUUUUCACCUUUCCUUUCGGAUUGUAUUUUCCAACAUAACAUUGUUAAUACAAAGCCAACAAAAGUCCCAAAGCGCUUGAUAGCCGCUUAAUAGAGGUGACAUAAAUGGAGGAGCUCUCGCGGGGUGGCAAAAAAGUGGCCGCGGUGGCUUUAUGGGGGUGGCCGCUUUAUAGAGGUUAAAUGUGUAAAUCUUUUCUACAUUCAUUUCGGGAGCUUGAUUGCUCGCCGCUUAAUGGAUUUACACUGCUUGUGUUUUAAUCACAGUUGUGUGAGUGACCCUCCAAUAACCCUCUGGCACAACAGCCUUGCUUGAUUAGAAUUAAUUACAGCUACGUAUAAAAACAUUAACUUUCGAAAUUUUUCCCUCUUAGUGAUUAUUUGCCCCGUGAAUCAGAACAACUUCGCAGUGGUCUCUGACGAGUAUUUCUACAUAUCAACAGUACCCUCCCAAACGAGAAAAACCCUUUUUACUCAAAAGACAUAGUUCGGCUUUGUUUUAUUACCAUAUCAGAGAAAAAAAAAACGAAAUUAAAAGGAAAAAGAAACUGGUCUAAUUAACUGCGGUUAGCGCGCAACAACGGAACCUAAAAGAUAAGAAAGUGGCGGGAACUGAAAUUUAAGCAAGGGCGCUUACCCUGAAAAGUCACGACUGACCGGCCGGAACGGUCAUUUUGGAAAUGAAGGUUGUUUACAAUUUACAAAACGUUUCAGGAAAAUCUAAUGGAACAAGACUUUUUGAGUCAUUCCAGCGAAAGGUUUCCGGGAGCAACGGACGGAGUGUGCUCUAUCCUGCGGUGCAGGCGUAUUUUAGGCGCGCGAAAGCUGCUUGUUUAUGUUCGUAUUGUUGUAGCCGCCAUCUUUGAUUUUAUGACGGAGGAAGAUUGGGGAGGUGCUUUCGCGGUGGGCGAAACAUUCACGCGCCCCCAAAAAACGCCUGCACUGCAGGUUACAUGUACUACCUAGCUGUAACACGAUCUGUAAACAACCUAAACAUUACUUGUUGUCGCUUGGCAACUGGACAGCGUCGCUUUGCCUAUAAAGGGCUUAAAAUCUGGAACCGAUUAAGGAACCAUUAGAAUAUAUUUCUUAAGAGUAUUGAGACUAAAAUUUGCGAAAUUUUAAGAAUAUUUUAUGUAUAAAUCCGAGGCUGAGAGUUUGAAAAGGAAUCAUUUUUGUAUGUUGUAUCAUAUCUUUUUAUUUUAACCGUAUUAAAUUAUGAAAAGACAGAUCUAGACACAGAACACUGGCAAUUGAAACCCCAAUACAUUCUUAAGUGGAAAUUCCAUAAACUGUAAUUUAUAAUUAAGAAUAAUUCAAGAAUAUUUUCAGCCUAAAAUUGACAGAGAAAAAACAACCUCGUCCCCAGGGCUUUUCCCUUAAAAAAUGGAAAAGCCCUGGGGACGAGGUUGAGAGAAAAAAGAAUAUUCAGCCAGGGCAGGGAAAAACAACAUUUUUAUAUCAAAACUAGUGUAGUUUAGAUACAUUUAAACGACGUAUUUUUAGAAAAUAUUUAAGAAGUAAGUAUAUAUAUUCAAUUUUAAUUAAUUAUAUUUAGUUUAGCUGACCAUUAUCAUUCUUUUUUUUUUACGUGCAAAAUUGGUGCUGAAAAGCCCUUUUUAAUUUGUGGAGCAACAAUAAAUGUCAUUGUAUGUGGGACUGUGUAUGUAUGUGUGUACGGACGGAAUGUUGCAAACGGAAAUUCGUGUUCCAUUUCUUCAAAGCCAUCUUUGAUAGCAGUUUUUAGUCUUUGAUGCAGUUUUUCAGUAAAUAGAACUGGUUUGUACACAGGUAGCCCAAGCUCGAAAUAUGAGCAUCGGCGACCAUCGACAUUGUUGCAUAACAUUCGAAAUACUGUACAAAAAUUUGUAUGGAAAAAAAACCUAUCGUUUCCGUAACCUACGAAAGUGAAAGGAUUUCAAUAAAAAACAGCUUACCUUACUUAAAAUGUGUGUUACGUCUCUCUUGUGUGGUCCACGGGCCGAUUUAUGGCCGUUUUAUGGGUUUUUAUGUAAACGAUUUUCUCUCUAUGUAGGUAAGCUGUUUUUUAUUGAAAUCCUUUCAUUUUCGUAGGUUACGGAAACGAUAGGUUUUUUUUCCCAUACAAAUCCUUAUAUUCUGAAUGUUACGCAACAAUGCCGAUGCUCGCCGAUGCUCAUAUUUCGAGCUUGCGCUACCUGUGGUUUGUACAAAUGGUAACCACGAUUCUGAGGCAAAAUUUACCAGUCCUGAAUUUUGCUUACCAUUUGCCCAAACUAUCGACUGAGCGGUUUGCCAUGUAAAUGGUAAACAACCGAAAUGUCCUCUUUUCAGAGUUCUCUCUGCCGGAAAACCUAUCGCUGCCGUAAGUAUUUAGGAAUAGUCAGAUAUGGCUGGACUUUUCUGAUUAACAGCGAAAUUAUAUCUUUACUAAUGGACAGACCUGGCCUUUCAGAUGUGACUAAUGGUUAGAGCUCUAAGUUUGUGGGGAACGAGUGGCCUUUUUAAAGAUUUUUUAUAUUUUUAAUCUUAAAACAAACUUGUUCUUAGCGCAUAAUUUUACAGAACUUAAAGUGUGAUUACGGAUUAAUAUUAUGAUUUUAUUCAAUGUAACUCAGAGUGGGAGGCCACAGUAUCAGCGGAGGAAAACAGAUCCUAGUCAAGCGAACAAUUCGACAUGUCAACUAUAACGAUAAAACUACGUCCCAUGAUAUAGCCUUACUCGAACUUCAGUCCGCUGCUCCCGUUGAAGAAGACGGUGUUGGCCUUGUUUGCUUGAAAAGCGGGCCUCCGCAGCCAGGAAAAAUCUGCUGGAUUACUGGAUGGGGAACGAGAAACGAGGGGGGUUCCUCAGCACCGAAGCUUAGGGAAGCACAAGUACCCCUAGUAAAAACGACCGAUUGCAAGAGAUCCUAUGGUGAAAACGAUAUAGACAAUACCAUGCUGUGCGCAGGUUAUGAAAAAGGUGGUGUAGAUGCCUGCCAGGGUGACAGUGGGGGACCAAUGGUCUUUAAUGAAGCAAACACAUGGUAUUUGGCAGGAGCUACUAGUUGGGGGAGAGGAUGUGCGCGCCCAAAGUUUUAUGGCGUCUAUGCAAACGUCCCCCAUUUUUAUGACUGGGUUCUUAGGGAGCUGAAAAAAAGUGGACAUGGACACACUUUACCAAAGCCAGGUAAAGUAGUAGUAUGAAAGUAAAACCAAGGUGAAAUUUUAAGGUUUCCAUCAAUUUUUAAUUUUGUAAGUUAGAAAACAAUAACUCGAUAUCUUUUAGUAAGCACGCUGUGACUGGUUAAUUUUGCGGGCCGUAUUUUCCUGUAUGGCCAGCUGAAUUUGAAAGUUCACUGUCCCAGGAACCCGAUUAGCCUCCGACAUCUAAUUAUUAACAAAUUGAACUAAUUUCUCGGUUUUUUACUCCUUGAUUAAAAAGGCGUACACCAAAGCUUACGUGUUAAGGAGGUCCGCAGGUUAAUUCCUGUAACCCUAAUGGUCCACUAUAAUUAUAAGACAUAUAUAUUUCCCUAUUUUAGAACAUUGUUAUCCGCUAUAUGCUUGGUGUUGGAGGAGGUCAAAUUAAAAAGUUACAGGACACGACCACCCUCUAUAUUAGAGGCGCCAAGGAUAUUCUAACCUUUAAAUUUUUAAACGUUUUUUGAAUGAGCACGUUUUUUAAUAUUAGCAGUGAUCACUUUUUUAAUGUUAUCUCAACACUAUUCGUAGAUAGAUAUAAUUAGAAAAGAAAUUAUUAAGGAAACAUUAUUAUUAAUCUAGCCGGAUUUUUGAUAACGUUAUCGUCAAAUGGGCCUUUUUUACUUUUCCCCAAAGUAGCUAUUAUAAAAACUAAGAGUGCAACCAUUGCUUUUUUCUCUUUUUCUCCUUUCCUUCUCCUCGAUCUUUCUUUUUCGGACGAUCCCGCACCUAUUAGAAAGAUUGUUUUGGAUUAGCUGGGAAAACAAUAGGGAUUGUCACACAACAAUGCCCUUAUCCCUAAAAACAAUGGAGGUGCAGAUUAAAGAGGACCAGUGAAAUAAGAGGUUUAGAACGGUGCAGGUCUACUGUCUUUUUCUCAUUUCCUUUUCCUUCGUUACUGUGAUUUUGGAGCUUCUCAGUCGGGCUUAAGAAACCUGCCUGUUGACGCCUUUUCAAUCAAAUGACUGCAAAUUUCGUUUGGUUGGUUUUCAAAAAAUCGGCUAUAUAUAGAUAGGUUUAGGGAUAGAUUAUUUUCAUAUUUUACUCUUAAUAUUUAUAUUGUUGUUGUUUUGUUAAUUAAUUUUUUUUUUCACACACAUGUUUUGACGAAAUUUAACUUUGUUACUGAUAGUCGGGAUGCAAGGAAAACCUGUUACUAUUGCCACUUUAUUGAUCAAAUAAUGGCCAUUUGGUGGUGAUGACAAUAAUGAUGAUGAUGAGAUAAUCGAUAUUUUAUAUAAACAUGCACACCGAAUCCCAACCCUAACCCUAAAACAGCAUUCCUUAAAAAAAAAAAAAGAUAGACCCCAACCCCGCAUUUUACUGACAUCCCUACGGUAUGUUUGAUUACCAACUACUGUUUUCAAAAUAACAUUAACUUUACGUUUACGUGGAUUAAAUGUUGUAGUUUUUGUUUUUCUUUAAAAGAUUUUAAAAAGAUUCCUUUUAGUCAAAAUUUGAAAUAGGCGCCCGAGCGAAAAUACGUUGAGUGUGAGGACAGUGAGGCAAUAAUCACUGAAUUAGUUAAAGUAAGGGUUUCCUGACGAGAUCAUUCUUUUUCUUACGUGUUACAGGAAAAGGCCAUAAAGAUUGUGGCAGACGUGGUAAGACAUAAGUUGUUUGCAUUUUGAUGCUUUCACAAGUCAUCAAUCCUUCAUUGUCAGUGAUUACUAAGCUUCCAAUAAGAAAUAUGGUCGACUCCCGAUAACUCGGACCCUCACUAACUCGAACCUCGUGCUUACUCGAACAAAAGUCGAUUUCCCCUGGAAUUCCUUCAUACAUUGACGGUAAUUUUACCCUCGGUAACUCGAACCCUCCAUAACUCGAACCUCCCCCUAACUCGAAGUAAUUUUUGCUUCCCUUCAGAUCAUUUCUGUAUAACUUUACCCUCGAUAACUCCAACCAUGUUUUAAGCGCGUGACAAGUCGGAAAUAAAACACCGUGUACUGAAGUCCGAGACAUUGAAUUUAGUUCAAAACCACCGUGUCAAUUCUUUUUGUUUACUGUUCCGUCACUCUAGUUUAAAUUCAAUGUCCAUCCCUGUAUACUUUGUUGCUUAAUUGCCAUUCCCUCCCCGUCCUUAUUACCGAUUAAUUUGCUUCAAACUCUUGAUAACUCGAACUUUUUUCGAUUUCCCUAAAAGGUUCGAGUUAUCGGGAGUCGACUGCAUACUCAAAAUAGCAACCAAUGCUAGUAAAUGCACUUAAGAUAGCUUAAGAUAAACUUAACGUUUCGUAUGACCAGAUUAUUGGUGUUGCCACGACUUCACUUUACGGGGCCGUCCGGCCUAAAUUGUGUAACGAGAGGAGGGUUGUGGACAGUAAAUUCAUCUCUCAGUUCCAGUCAGACUUUAAAAGUCUAAAUACAAUCAUUUAAUAUUUGCUAAUAAAUUUGAACAGGAUUUGGCUCAAGAUUCUCUAUUUAGUGAUCCUCAUCCAGCAACUCAAAGACAGCUCUUUUUCUUUAUCCAUUUAUCGUAAGAAAACUUUCACGGGUCUUUCAACAAAUGACAAAUUGUGAAUGAACUCUUUCACUCCUCAUUUGUAUAAAAUAUACUACAUCCCCACGUCUUCCUAGUAAGUAACUGAACCUAACACAAUAGCUGUACUUGUAAACGUUUUAUUGAAUUAACCAAAGACUGGACCAAUUGCAAAAAUCUUGAUGCAAGAAAUCGCCGAUCAGCAAAAUUAAACUCCCGCAAAAAUAAAGUGCAAUUUGGUAUCCACUAUUGGACUUUUGACCAGCCAAUGUCAGGGUUUUUUCAGGGUAUUUUUUUUUUACAAGGCAAAAACCCUUAGAACAAAGCAGGUUGGAUUUUCCUAUCCAGUAUGCCUUACACGUACAUCAGCAAAAGCGUUUAUCAUCGUGUUCUAAUGGCCUUUUUAUUCUAUUUCAGAAGGCGGCGACGGCGACGGCGACGGCGGCAACGGCGGCGGCGGCGGCGGCGGCGGCGACGGCACAAGUAAGUAGCACUGUGCGUUCAGCCAACUCCCCGAAAUGCAUUAUCCCCCUCAUUUGGUUGGUCGAGGUUAUUGAGAACCAUUGGGCUUUGCCGUCGACGACUCUCGCAAUAAACAGUUAAACAUGAAAACAAAGUAAUGUUUGCCGUUUGAAUCUCAGUAUAGAAAACGUACUACACUAAAUGAUUCGUAGUUAACGUGCUGCCUCGUCGAGUUUGUAAAUUGUUAUGAAAUUUUUAUGUCAGCAAUUCAUUUUUAAAAAGGAUAGCUCACGACAAGGAGUAUGGAUAACUUACCAUAAUCAUUUGGAAAUUCCCAUUGCGUUCGAUCAACUAAUGCAUGGCUUCUGACAAGAAAGAAGGAGUUAAAAGCCGUUUAACGCAAUAAUAUCGGAUUCGUUUUCUCUUUCUUGUUGUUUGGUUGAUUGGUUUGGUUUUUCUUUUGAUCUAUAGAGCGGUUUUCAUUUGAGUCGAAAAGUAAUUGGUUUUGCACUUUCUACACGAUGCGAUUGGCUUAAAAGAUUCGCGCCACCUUUUCAUCCAAUCAGAAGUGAAACCAAAGCCAAUUGUGACGCGCUCGCAUGCAUUUUCCCGCGCUUAAGCCACAUGUAAUUACUUCGAGUUUUGAUUGGUUCAAUGUCUUGUCUGUGUCCUAUGUGAUUGGCCAGAGUAAUUACUGUGGUUUUGGUUUUACGACACUCAAACGAAAACCACUCUAUUGAAAAUUGAAUACUGUACAUUUCUUAAAUUUAACAAUGGUUUCGAGCUCUUUUGGUAGUUUAUGGUUCAGUUUUAUUAAUACACUCAUUGUACUGGAUACUCCAUGAUUCUCUGUGAUCCGAAGUUCAUAGAAAUCUAACCGACAUGUGAACCUAGAUCAUCACGUUCGGACUUGUCUCCUAUACAGCAUAUCAACCAAGUCCCCAGGUUUUCUUUCUCGCUUCGUAGGUUGACAGCAUGUCAGGGUGUCUGUCAGGGUUCAUAAUUUCGAAAUGAAUUAGUCUACUUUGUGUAGGGCUUAUAUCAGGAGGAGGCUUUUUUUCGUUUAAAAUUCGAGUUGCGGAAAUUUUUCAGCGCAUCAUUGUUGCAAAACAAUAGACAACUGCCGACUUACAAUUGAAUAUCAAUAAAAACGCAAUAUUCACGUUGUCCGGACUUGACACUCGCGUCCCGGAUGAGAACUCGAUAUAUCGUCAAAAUCGGGGAUUUAGACCGUCUGCCACGCAGACUAGUGGUGCCAAUGAUUGAAAAUUUCUGAAGUCAGUUGACGAAGGACAGAUGGUUGUAAGAAUUUUUGAUGAGUUAUCAAACUUUGGAAAAUAAACGAGUCCAGGCCCCAGUUGUUCAAGAGCUGGAUAACACUAUCCACCGGAUAAAUCACUAUCCAGCGGAUUAGUGUUAGAGAAACCAAUUUUGCUUUCCACCGGAUAGAGAUUGAUCCAGUGGAUAGCUACUACGACCAGAAUCAUUCAAGGUAUUGCUUUCUUGUGCAAAUUAAGGCUUUUGUUAAUUAAACCUCACUGGGACUACCAAAUUUAAAUAUGAAAGAUAAAACGAGAUGAAUUGUGGUCUUAGGGCCUGUUUACAUGGAGUGGGGGACCCCGGUCUAGUGGGGCUGGUUUCUUUUGUUUUCACGCUCUGGGGGACACAAAACAAAAGAAACUUACCCCACUAGACCGGGGUCCCCCACUCCAUGUAAACAGGCCCUUAGUAGUAAAAAGACGCCAUCGUGCAAAUGGACCAUUCCUGGUAAGGGUAUUUGUUAUUUUUCUAAACUAUAGUAACAAUUACAGUUAAUUGAUAUGUGACUCCUGACUUUUAGAUUUUCAGGUAACUUUUUUCUUUUACACAUGUUUUACAGGUUGUAAGGACAAUCUGAAAAAGUGCCAGAAAAAGGUCCAAAAAUGCGAAAGAAGCAAAAGUUUUGCACAAAAAUGUAGGAGAACAUGCGGAAUUUGCGGCAAUCCAUAA